AUGUCUUCAGAUACAGGCCAAAGGAGUCUGAGGUCACAAGCCCCUUCGCAGCGACCGGAAGCGAGGAUCCUCAACCAGCAGAACGCGAUAGCAGAAAAGACCGGGACAACAGUUGCAGAGCUGCAGGGGAUGUUUUCGACCGCUAAACUUAGACAUGGCUGGGUUGCAAUUCAUGAGGCAAUACAAGCUGAAGUGGCUCAGAGACAGCAGGGAGUGUACAGAUCGAGCUCAAAAACAGCUGCGUGGAUGCCGAUCGACGUGAGCAACGCCAAGAAGAGAUUAGAUGGUGGCGCCGGCGCAGCACUUCCUCUACCCACUCCCCUUCCACCCACCAAGUCUGGUGAUCGCCCAGAGGUCCACAUUGUGCUCUGUGCUAUCGGAGACCCUGAGUCUCAGUCCCUCUAUGGUGAGCAUGGCGUUCGGUCAAUUGACGUCACACCAACGGACGACUUCCAGGGCCUCCUGCUCGACACACUGGACGUUGAGUUCUACGAGAAGCUGGAGGAGGAAGCCGGGGUUGGACUGUGCUAUAACACGGGUAUCAAAGCCUAUGAGGAGGCAGAGGCCAAUGGCGAGGAGCUCCCUGAAGGACCAGACACGUCGAGAGUGACCGUCCAUGGGAUCGUCAUCACACUUCUAUGGGCACAGUACACUGGCCGCAUCACGGUCGAGUUCAAGAGUUGGGAGUGGCUGCAGCAGAAGGUCAAGGAGGGCACGAUCGGGGCGUACCUGGGUAACUUCAAACAAGAUGCAAUUCUCUUCACACACAUGAGACGCCCUCACCUGUCAGAAGAGAGCGUCGACCACCAGUUUGAUGUUGCAAGCCUCAAUGAUCAGAUUCGGCGGGCAAACCUUGUUUUCCCCAAUAAUAUAUCUCGGUACCCAAGUCCGGAAGAGGACGACGCCGACAUGUGCCAGCUGCCCGACGCCAGGAUCUUGGAUGUCAUUGCUAGCGAUGAGACAACACCGCCCGAGUUCAGGUUCCGCCCCCGGGUUUGCUAUUCUCAAUCUCGGGACUGCACUAUGCGAGGUUACCGGGGUAAGAUUAUCGUGCGGGGUUCGUCCAGCACAGGACCCGGUGAUAUACAGAUCGGUUUGUCCGACGACCCAAAACUCACUAAGUUGCUUAAGUGUCACACAAACUACAACCACGGCACGGAUCACUCUGCAAAUAUGUACUUCCACCAGGAGCUCAAGGAAUCUGUAGCUGAUUGGGGAGAGGCCAGUGUCUUUAUGGUGGGUGACACAAUCUUCUCGAUGGCCAUGUCCAGGGGCAUCUGGACCGACCCUGAUGCUCACCAUUCCGGCUUCACCGCAGAUCGAUGUCUCACCAAUUGGCAUAAGAUUAACCGCAGUGCCCAGAACGCCACGAGGGAUGAAGCGCGCCGUAAAGAAGGAGAGCUUCGGCGAUUCGCAAUCUUCCAGCGACAGGAGCUCCUCAAGCGCAAACCUCGGGAGUUUGAGUCGCUCAAGGUCUCAGUGCGGCUAGAUAUUGGAAUCUCGGACGCCACCAAGCAUGGCUUGUUCUUCGUGACCAAUGUGGCGCGGUGGCCUGGGGCUGACAUGCUUAGUGCGUGGCAGGAGGGGUCGCAGCCGUACGACAGUAUCUUCGAAGCGGUUGGGACUAAGUUUGCUCUGGAGUGUGGAAGGCUUAUGCAGCGUGAUGAGUCUGAGGAAGAUGAAGGGCGUAAGGGACAGGACGGACAUGAAGGGAAUCAGGAGCGUGAAGAGGGGAAUGACACGAAUGAGACUGACUUCUCAGAUCCCCCGAGUGGCCUCUUAUCUGAGAGUGAGUGA